AUGUUUAAUAACAAUGACGAUGAGGAGGAAAAUUAUACGAGAGUUAGAAGAAGCAACUCAUCAGAUAGCUGCAACGGAAACACGAAUAACGACCCAUUGAACAAUUACAAUAAUUAUAGUAACUAUAAUAACUAUAACAACUACAAUAACUUUAACCGGUUUCACGAGCAGAGUAUGAACUCAUGCAAAAUUGAUGAAAUAUAUGUAGAUGAUAGUUAUGAUGAGAAUAAUAGUAAUAAUAAUGGUUAUAAUCCAAGGGAGAGAGUAGAAAAUAAAUUUGAACUUAGCAAAAAUGUAAAUUUUGAUGGUCCAUAUUGUCAUAAAAAUUUAAGAGCAGUUACAGAAAAUGAAAUAGAAUUAGUAGUAGAUAAUUUUUUUGAUAAAAUUAGAAGCAACGAAGAAGUAUAUUCAGAAUGGAAAGUUUGCCCAAAUUUUAUUUUUCGUAUAUUAUUUAUUGCAAAGUCAAGAUCAAAUAAUUAUGUAUAUCCAGUUGCUUCGUCAUUUAUUGAAGCAUUACAAAAAGAAGACUGGGUAUCUGAUUGGGGUUUUAGUAAUGUACAAUACUACAUUAUAUUAAUUAAUUUAGCGGAUUAUAGAAAAUCUUUUUAUAAAAUAGACAAUUUUAAUUUUUCUCAUUUAAAUACGGAUAGGGGUUGGCAUAAUUUUGUACCCUUUGAAAAGUUAAGAGAACCAGGUUUUAUAAAUGAACAUGGUCAAGUUAUUUUAAGAGCCGGGGUAUACCCAUUUGGUUCAGAAUCAUAUAAAAAUAGUAGAGAUAUAAAUUACAAUAGUAAACUCAGGACUGGUUUUGUUGGAUUAAAAAAUCAUGGAGCUACGUGUUACAUGAAUGCUUUGUUACAGCUUUUAUAUCAUAUAAAUAUAUUUCGAAAAGCUGUGUGUAUGAUGAUCUUUAAUAUUGAGAAUAUUAUAGGCAAGAAGACGUUAGAGUUUUUUAAAAAUAAAAAAAAUAAUAAAAAUAAUUAUAGUAAUAAUAAUAGUAAUAAUAAUAAUAAUAAGUUAGCUCUGAAAAGAGAAAAUAGCAAAAAUACAAGGAAAAAAAGUAGGAAUAGGAAAAAGAAAAAAAAAUUAAAGGAUGUCAAAAAUUCAGAUUCGAAUGAAUCAAGAAGAGACGCCUCUUUCAAAAUAGUUCCUUACAAUCCCAAUGAUGCUAAUAUGCACAACAAGGAUUGUUCAAAUGUUCGAAUGAAAAACGAUUCCGGCAUAGAAUUUAAAACUGAAAUGGACGAGCAUUCGCCCAACCAGCGAAACGACAGUGGCACCAACAAUGGUAGCAGUAACGGUAAUCAUAAUGGUAAAAAUAGUAAUAACGUGAACAGUAAUGUGAAUAGCAAUGUGAACAAUGUAAACACCAUUUUAGCUCAGUCAAGUGGAGACGAUCCGUCACUUAACAAUUUAGCAAAUACUCAAAUGAUCAAAAUGGAAAACAUAAAAACCAUCAAGAUGCCGAAUAUAUAUGGAGCAAGUUAUAUAUUAAAUUCUCAAGGGGGUAAUGAUGAACAAGGGGUAUGCUGUCAGAGUAUCUUAACAAAUAUUGAAAAAACUGACAGUAACAAUAUAUCAAAUGUUAGAAAGAAUGGAAGUAAUCAUUUUUCAAGUAAUGGGAAUAUUGGUAAUCAGGAAUAUGAAAUAAAAAAUAAUAAAAAACAUGCUUAUGCCCAUCUGUCCUCUUCAGAUCCUUCAGUCGAUACAGGGGGAAUGCAGAACAAUGUUCUUAGUGGAAAUAAUAAAGAAUCACACUUUGGAAAUUCGAUGCAAACAAAUAAAGAGUUUAAUAAUAACGAAAUAAAGAAAAAUGAUAAAAAAAUGAUUCAUGAAGCGAAGAAGAAUUUAAAAAAAAAAAAAAAAAUUUUCAAAUAUGCAAAUGAUGGAAAAUAUAAUGAUAUGGAAAAUGAAGAGAUUGCUAUUUCACAGGUAUCCUCCUCGGACAAUUUGUCCAAUAUGUCGAAUUUGUCGAAAAGGAAAAAGUUUUCAUCAAAUAAUAAUUCGAGUGUUGUUAGAAGUACGAAUGCUAGAAAUAAAAUUUCAACAUCUGUGAAGAUUUCAAAAUCGAAGAGAGAAAACGACGAUGACGAAGACGAGGAGGAAGAAAAAGAAGAGGAAGGAGAUGAUGACGAUGAUGAUGAUGGCGAGGAGGAACAGGAGGAUGGGGUUGAGGAGGAAGAAGAUGGAGGUGAAAGAAACGGAAGUGACGAGGACGCAGAUGAAGAGGAUGCAGAUGAAGAAGACGUACAUGGAGAAUCGGUUAUAAAUAAUAGCUAUGACGAUACCUAUUCAGACAGUGAAUUUUCUGAUUUUUCUAUAACUUCAUCUGGGACAUCAUCAUAUGUGUCUUGCUCCUCGUCUUCAUCUUCUUAUUAUUAUAAAAAUAAAAAGAAAACGAAGUAUGAAAAAUCAAAGGAAAUAGAUUACAAGAACAUAUUAUUAGAGGAAGAAAAUGAAAAGAAGAAUAUAUUACCGACAUCUCUAGCAUUGCAAAAUUUAUUUUAUAAGUUACAUUCAUUGAAUGAGGCAGUUUCAUGUAAGGAAUUGAUAAGAUCCUUUGGUUGGGAUGCAAGUGAUGUGUUUACACAACAAGACACGCACGAAUUGUUAAAAUUGCUCCUAGAUAAAGUGGAGGAACAAAUGAAGGGUACUGUUGUGGAGGGUUCAGUAAAGAAAAUGUUCGAGGGUGAAGUAGAAACAUAUAUAGAAUGUUUGGAUAUUGAUUAUAAGAGUGUACGAAAGGAAAGUUAUGAAGAUAUACAGUUAGAUGUACAAGGAUGUAAUAACAUAUAUGAAUCUUUAGAUAAAGCAAUAGAAGCAGAAGUGUUAGAGGGAGAUAAUAUAUACGAAACAGAUGGAUUUGGAAAACAAAAAGCAAAAAAAGGUAUGCGCUUUUUAAGUUUUCCAAAUAUCUGUAUAUUUUUAUUAAAACGAUUUACAUUUGAUUUACAGAGAAUGGAAACAGUUAAAUUAAAUAAUCGUUUUGAAUUUUAUAAAGAGCUGGAUUUAUCAAAAUAUUGUGAAAGUGGUAGUCAGUAUGUCUUACAAGCUGUCUCAGUUCAUCAAGGGAAUAUGAAUAGUGGACAUUACUAUUCAUUUAGUUACAAACAUAAUGAAAAUUUUUGGCUCAAAUGUGAUGAUGAUAAAAUUUUUAGAGUUAGUGAAUAUUCAGUUAUUAAUGACAAUUUUGGUGGUUAUGAUAUCAAUACAGAUGAAGAAUUAUACGAUUUUGAUAUAUCAGAUAAGAUAAAACAAAGAAUGAAAAACUAUAGUGCAUACAUGCUUGUUUAUGUUAAAAAAUCGCUUAUUCCUAAACUGAUAAAAGAAUGUGAUCCAGCUAUUGUUAAUCCUCAAGUUGUUAAGAGAUGUAAAUUAGAAGAAAUUAUUAAUAAAAAAAGAUCCAAAUUAAAACAAGAAAUUUUACAGUAUGUUAAAAUAAGAGUUUUUGACAAAUACUGUUAUGUGUUCAAAUCUUUUAAUGAUUUACCUCCAAAUGGUAUUUCUUCCUUAUUCAAUAUUAAAUUUGAUAGAAGCAAAACUGUUGUUGAUGCUUUUUAUAAAAUUCUUAAGAUCAUCAAGAAAAUUUAUCUCAGAAAGAACAAGAAGUACAACUCUAGGAUACUUAAAAAAUCAAACAAAAAGCAGAAAACUUUGACACAGGAACAAGAAGGUGGUAACACACUUAAUCAAGCACCUAGUCAAAUGGAUACACACACCGCUACUCGGGGAACCCCUACAGAUUUCUGUAAUAAGGGAAAUAUUAGCAACAUUAACAGUAGAAGUGGCGUUAUCAACAGUAUCAGCAGCCACAACAAUAACAGUCCAUCCUUUAGGAGCACACUACAGCAGACGGAAAACUUCGCAAUCAUGAAUGUUUCCCCCACUUGUAAUAAUCUCAGUUUUCACGGAAAUAUAAAUGAUAAGGGGAUAGUUAAAAAGAAGAAUACCCCCAACGAACAAACGGACAUAACGUGUUCUGCCCAUUUCAAGGGUGAAGAUAUUGAUGAUGUAGAAAAUUUAAAAAAAAAGAAAAAAAUUUAUACUUACUCCAGCAGCAAUGAUAAUACUAGUAACUCCAAAGCGAAUAACAGAUCAAAUAACAUUUGUAUAAAUAUAUGUGAAAAGAAAGAACAGUCAGAGGACCAGAGUGAGGAGGACGUCAACGAUAAGAAGACACUGGGUAAAGGCAGUGAAAACAACAAUAGUAAUAGCUCUAAUAAUAACCUAGCUGUGAACAUAAAUGGUGCAUGCACAUAUCGCGAGGAUGGUAGUAGCUAUCGUAUUAAAGAGGAUACAUGUAGAAAUGUUAGAUGUGUGAAUAAGCAGGAUGAUUCAAAUUAUCAGAAGCAGUACGACCAUUAUGCAGUAAAAGAAGAGAAUAAAAUGGGUCUAUAUAGGUAUAAUAAUAACAAUAAUUUGAAAAUAUCACAGAAUAGGAUCAACAUAGAAAAUAAUAACUACAGUGAAUACAAUAGCUGCUCUUCUGUUGAUUCAUCAUCAACGAUUUCUUCAAUUCCAUCUUGCUGCACUAUUAACUCAGUAGAUAAUUAUAUUAAAUAUAUAACAAGAAAAAAAUUAAAAAAAGCGAAAAGAAAAUCUAGUACGAAUAAUUCACGAAUAAGAGAUUAUUCUUCAUCAAAUAAUAACUCAUCUUAUUAUUCAUCAUCAUCUUCGUCUAAUUCAGGAGAUGAUUCAUCCUCGUCGUCGUCCUCUUCUUCGUCAUCCUCAUCAUCGUACUGUUAUAUAAAAGAGAGAAAAUGUUUCUAUGUAUUGCUACCUACAAAUGAUGUGUACCGAUAUUUCCCUCUAGAUAUUAAGGCUAAUAGUAAACUAUAUUUAUAUGAAUUACUAAAAAAAGCUAACAAAGAAACAAAUGAUUUAUUUCCAACCAUAGACAUAUUAUACCUUCCACAUAAUAAAAAAACAGUCAUAUCUGCAAACACUAAUUCAAAAAGUAGUAAAAACGUGUUAUUUUUUUUUAAAUAUUUUGAUAUAUACUCAGAGGAAAGAAUUAUAGAUACGUCUUUAAUUUGUUUAGAUUUGAUUCUAUGUGAUGUGCAUCUUAAACCGAAACAGUUAGAAAUGAGAGUAAUAAAUAAAAUAUUACAAGCAAUGGAAAAAGGGUAUAUUACCAAGUAUAAUUAUGACUUGUUGAAAAAUUAUAUAAAGAAUGAAUAUUUUGAUAUAGAUGAUCCGUUAAAUUUUAAAAUUUUUAUUGAAUGUAAAAAUAAAUGUAGCUUAAUAAAAUCCAAAAAAAUUCUAGCACAUAAUAAAAUGGUUCCAGGGGAUAUUCUAAUUUUUAAUUUUUUAAGUAAUAUGAAUUUAGAAAAAAAAAAAAAUUUUAUUCUACGUUUAGGCACGAGGAAGGAAGACUCCUUUUUAACUGAAGAAAAUCAAACUUCCUAUGAUUUGUUUUUUAAUGCUGAUACGUUGAGCAAAAUUUUGUAUAAAAAAAUUAAGUUAAUAGAAAAGAUAUAUAACAACUGUUCUUUUAUUAUUAAUAAUAGAAAUGGGAUAUACUACAAAAUAAGCGGUGUUAACAGUACUACCAGCGCGAACGGCGUAAAUACCGCAGAUGUGAAUAGUUCAAUAGUGAAUCCCCCAGAUGGAAGCAAGCAUGUGAACAAUGACCUUUCGAAUACGGACGAAUUUAAGAAUACAUCCCUUUCCACUAACAUUCUAAACGAUAAUUACUUUGUAAAUAAUAAAAGUAUUAAUGAUACACAAAAAAACACAGCAGUAGAGGAUAUAUGCAGUCAGAAUUACUCAGUUCAAAAUAUGUUUCUUAACAGUAGUGAUAUACUGAAGAGUACGAAAAAUGAGGAAAAUUAUUUCAACAGCUCUUCUUGUGAACGCGUGUCUAAGGAAAAGGAAAAUGCUGACAACUGUAACGGAAUCAGUAGCAACAGCAAUAAUAAUGGGGGUAUCGAUGGUAGUAGUAGCAAUAAUGUCUAUAUGGACAGUAGUAAUAGCAAAAAUAAUGGUUAUAAUGGAUCAGGGGAUAUACGAAGCAGCGCCUGUACUCGAGCAAACAGAAGUAACAACAUGAAUGGGUGCAAUGACCCGCAUACCUUAAGCAAUACGGAAGAACAAAAUUACAAGAAUUUAAGUUAUUUAUCGAAUGUUGAAAAUGUAUUAUUAAAGAUUAGUAAAAACAAUUGCAGUGAACAAAAUAGACAUAAUAAAAAUAGCACAACUGUACCUUUAUCCAAUGAGUACUGUGAAAAAACGGGUGAUUCGUAUAUGCAGGAAAACAAUUUCAAUAAUGAUAAUAUAAAUUGUAAUAUUCUAAAUAUGAAUAAAGAGAAUUUAAACAGUCAAGAAGUAAUGAAUCUAUAUUUAUACCUAAAAAGGCAUAGCUCGGAUUAUCAAAAAAAUGGUAUGACAUAUGAAUAUAGCUUAUUAAGUAAAGACUCAUUAAGAGAUGUAAAAGAGCAUGCUAUUAAUAAUAAGAGACGAAUAAUGAAAAAGAAAAAGAGGAGUGCUAAUAAUAUAUUUAAUAAUGAUUGUAUGAAUAUAUGUAGGGACUAUCAGUACCCUUUUUAUUCCCCUGCUACGUCUGAUUUAUCGACAGAUGAUGAAAAUAGGACAGUGCAACGAAGAAAUGAAAAGGAAAAGAAAAAGAAGAAAAGAAGGAAGAAAAAAAAAAAAUAUAAUAACUGUGGGGAUAAUGUAAAACUUACAAAUGUAGUAAAUACGAAAAAUAUAUCUAGUGAUAUGAAUGUUCAUAUAAGUAAAGCAAAUGAAAUGAAUGAUAAUAAUGAAAACCAAAUUAAUUUGUUUAAUUGUAGUUACAAUUCAGAAAAUAUAAAUGAUUUAAAUAGUAGGAAAAAUAUGUUUAAUGAAAAAUCAUCAGAACUUGGAAAUAUGUGUACACUUAAUAACCAACAUAUUUCGUGUAUUAAUUUAAAUUCAUCCAACGAAAAUAAUAUAUCGAACGAUCUGAUAGAAAAAAAUUACUCAGAUAUAUCUUUUUGUUCCUCAGCGAAUUCUGAACUAACGUACACAUCAGAAAGCACAGAUUAUUACUUGUAUAAUGCGGAAGAAUCAUUAGAAUCGGUAUAUGCUAACGAAAUAUAUGAUCAUAAAAAGAAAAAGAAAAAAAAAAAGAAGAAAAAAAAAAAAAAAAAAAACGCAGUUUUACCUGAACAAAACAAGGAAAAUGAAUUUACGAAUCCUAAUGUAUUAAUGCAUGCUCAUCACGAGUAUAAGAAAAAUAUAGUUAAUUUAAACUCUGAAGAUGAGGAAGAAGCAUAUCCUGGUAUGUUACUUGUAAAGGAUAAGCAUGCAGUAGAUAUGUAUUCACGUGUAAACGAUUUCGAAGGAGUACAAAUGAAUACCACAGUGAAAUUAGGAAUAAAUCGAAAUAACGUUAAUAGUAACAAUGAUAGCAAUAAUAAUUAUGAGAGCAACAACUGUACGUAUCUACCACAACCAGCUGUAGAUAAUAAUAAAAAAGGAAAUCUUGUUAAAUUAGAAAAGGAUUCUAUAAAUAAUAAACCACCAUUAUUAUAUAUGCAUGAUGAAAAGGGAUCCCAUGAAAAUGGAGAAGGAGAUGAUGACAUUAUUUUAAAAAAUAAUUACAUGGGUACUAUUGAUGUAUCAGGAAAUAAAUUAAAUAAUCAAACUAGAGAAAUGAAACAGACACAUAUGGAAGAGAUAAAUGCGAAUAGUGUUGCUCAUAAUGCAUGUUUAAAUUCUUCUAUUAGUAAAAUGUACGUCGAUGUUGAUAGAAUAAGUGAUAGUGUUUAUUCCUAUCAUAAAAUUAAAGACAUCAUAAAUAGUGGUAAUAACAAUAAUGCUAAUGAUAAUAGUAACAACAACAAUAGUAAUAACAAUAAUAAUUGUAAUGAUUAUAGUAAUGGUAAUAAUAGACCAAACAAUGUCUUGGAUAGUGUCAACCGUGAUACUAUGAACAAUAGUGCUGGAAUUGAAAAUACAGAGAAUGUGAACACCGUUAUUAACUGCACGGUCAACAGUAGUAAUAAUAACGCAAGUAACGAAGCUAACAGCGUUAGACAGAUGAAUCCAUUAAGAAUAGUAAUAAAUGAGAAAAGUAAUGAUCUAGCAAAUAGUACUCCAGCGAAUAAUGCGCCAACGAAUAAUGCGCCAACGAAUAAUGCUCCAACGAAUAGUAAUAAUUUGAACAAUACGAAUGAUAUCGAUUCAUAUAUGCAGGAUUAUGGCAGUAACGAUGUAAACAAUGACAAUAUUAACAGCAGCAACACGUUGUUGAAUAUUUUAUCAAAUCAAAUAAACAAGAAGAAAAAAAAGAAUCAAAAGUUGAAAAUUAUUAAAAAGUGCGGGGGUUUACCAGAAAAGGAAGAACCUAUUUUACCUUUUUAUGUCAUAUGUGACUAUUUAGAUUUUGUUGAAAGAAAAAUUUAUGUAAAUAGAUUUCGAUUUAAGUUAUAUGACCCUAUUUAUCAAUUAGGAAAAUAUAGGAACUGUGCAGGUGUUAUACUGAAAAAAGAUUUGAAAAAAAGUUGUUUAAAUUAUAUUGAUUCUAAUUUUCUUUUUUUAAAAAAAGAAUUAUAUAAAAUUGAUUUAAACAUAGAUAUUCGAUGUCCAACAAAACAAAUAUUUAAACAUGUAUGUUAUAAAAUGAAUGUAGAUCCUACACAUAUAUUAAUUUUUCCAUAUCCCCCAUUAAAUAGCCCAGUCAAUUUUACUCCAUAUAAUAUUGAUUCUUUUACUUGUAACUUGGACCCAGAAUAUGAUAAUUAUCAAAAAAAUAAUAGUAAUAAUAAUAAUAAUUCGUCUUACGGUCAAACGCCCUUCGAAUCAUUAAUAAAACAACAUGCUAUGGCCUUAGAACAUAAUUCUUUAACAGAACAAAAAACUUUUUGUUUGUCCUUAUUGCCAUUUCAUUAUAAAUAUUUUACUAGAUUAUAUCCAGCAGAAUCCCCUAAAUAUUUUCAUUAUAUAGUUCAUUUAUUCAAUUCUCAUGUUCAGUCUGUAGCUGCUUAUAGUGGUCAUAUCAAAUUUAAAAAAAAUGUAGAUAACGAAAUUAAAUACGGUAAUUAUUAUAAUAAUAGAAGUGAUGAGUCAAAUAGUGAUUACUCAUUGUCCAAUUCAGAUAAUUCAAGUAGUACUAUUGUCAAUAAUGAAUAUAUUUCAAAUAACUAUACAACUGUACAAGAUCUUAUUGAUAAAAUAAAAUUAGAAAUCAAUCCUUAUUUAAAAAAAAGAGGAAUAGAUAUAAAACAAAAAUUUAGAUUAUUAUUUACAUUUGGACCAAAAAUUAAAUACUUAAAUAAUGAUGAACAGUUAAUACAAAUGGAUUUCGUAAAAACAAAUCAUAUCAAGAAUGUUUAUGUUACCCCCUUAAGAAUGGAACCCGACUUCACCGAUGAGCAAAAGUAUAUGAUAGAAAUGGACCAACUAAAGAUAAUUCACGUUUUUAAUCAAACUCCAUCCAAAGAAGUUUUUGGUUAUAGCUUUGACGUUCUCGUAGAACCGAAUGACAAUAUGUUAGAUAUUAAAAAUAAAAUAAGAAAAAGAACCUUACUACCGAAAUAUAUUUUUGAUAAAAUCACCUUCUUUGAAUUUGAAAAUGGCCAAAGAAUAUGGAGGUCAAAUGAUGAUACCAUCAAUUGGAAGAACAAGCGGUUCGCAAUUAUCAUAGGAGAGCACCACGCCUCGUCUCAGUCUAAACCACAAAUGGGAAUGAAAAUAGCCUAA